GGCAAUGCUGCCGGUGGUGUCGAUCUCGCUUCCCAGCAAGCUUUCGCGCGUCUCACUGGCUCAGAACUCCCCGUCCAUUGCAGAUUGCCCGAGCUAGCGAACAGGAGAUGUUGCACGCCACUAUUGACUAAUUAGUUUGGGUUUCCAGCUUAAGCCCAUCGCUAGCCGAUCUAAUUAGCUAGCCUGCUGCUUACGCUUAGAGCCUAAAGGGAUCCUCACCUUUUUUUCUACCUGCCUGCCUACCUGCCUUGCAUCCUUUCUUUAGCGCCAUCUCGCGCCUUCGACGGCUCGAUACAAGCUUCUCUGAAUACAUGCUUCAUUAUGCCGCGGGCAAGCACGGCUCCCGGUGCUCGACUCCGGUGCAGGAGAGCUUGCGAUAGUUGCAAGCGACGGAAGCAGAAAUGCAACGGAGAGCAGCCAUGUACAAUCUGCGUCCAACGCCGCAAAGAGUCCGAAUGUCAUUUCUCCGACAAGCCCGCCCGCUUGCUCAAGCCAAGCAACACCCCGAAAGAGACCAUGCUUCUCAGCGAACACCUCGUCCCAACCCCGCAGCGGCAGACGGCCAUGGACCGACUUCUGAACUCGCUCGAAGACCGUAGUGCAACAUUGGAACAACAGGCGGCGGAUGAUAAGGAUGGCACAGCGCCGGUGCCAAAGGUGGCUAGGCUCUUGCGUGAUGGACAGGGAAAGUUCAUGUACAUUGGUGAUUCCGCAAGCUUAUCCUUCUUGCAGAGCGUCCGUCGCAUCGUCUCCUCGUCGAUCGGCCGCUGUGAUUUCACGGAAGAUAACUCGCGACAUUCAAUGCUGGAGGCUUUCCAAAAUAGUUCUUCGACACAGACAGGGCCCCUGAUCGCGCCUCCCAGCAACGAGGAGGCCCAGCGGUUGGCGCGUCAAUACGUCCUUGCUACCAGCCCACUGCUAGACCUUUUUGAUCUCAACGAAUUUCACCCGCGCCUUGCCAACUGGGUGGGAAACCCCACUGGUGACGAAGACACGGUCAGCUCGAUCUUCUAUCUGGUGCUCGCGAUUGGCGCACAGGUGUCAGACACCAACCAGAACCUGGCAGAACAAUACUUCAUCAGUGGACGUCAAUUAGCGUUCUCUGCAUUCACCGAAACCCCCAGCAUCUACACUAUCCAAUCCUAUGUCUUGAUAUCCAUGUACAUGCUAGGUGCGUGUCGGCGCAAUGGCGCCUUCAUGAACCUUGGUAUCGCGCUCCGGGCGGCAUAUGCGGUUGGCAUCCAUAGGAAAGAUGCCAAUUCGCUGUUCUGCACUCGAGAGCGACGGGCCCGCGAGCGCGUCUGGAAGAGUCUUCGCAUGAUGGACCUUUACCUCAGUGCCUCAUUAGGACGGCCGCCGGCUACCUUGGACUUCGAUUAUGACCUUCGCGAAGAUGGUCUUCCGGCAGAUCAACACCGUCUCGAACCCGAAGAACAAUUAUCUAUGACCGUCGUUUCUUUGUGCCGCAUCUUCGAACGGAUUUUGACCGAAGUCUAUAUGCGGCAGGUAGUAUCGCUCACUGUGGCUGAUGCUAUCUCGAACCAACAUCGAACCUGGGUCCGUAACCUGCCUAUGUUUCUGCAGGUGCAGACAGAACGGCUAGAAUCAAAGAAUCUAGAAGAAACCUUAGCCGCAGCGCAUGUAUUCGGGUCGUACUACUGGUCGAUCAUUCUUCUGACUCGUCCGUUUCUUGUUUUCCGGGUCUCGCAGUAUGUGCGAAGUAAAUCUGAUUCUACAAGCUCCGGCGACACCAGGACCACCAAUUCUCGGAUCGCGCUCUUUGCCGAUGCAUGCGUCUACUCAGCCUUACGAGGUCUCAACAUUGUGGAUGGUCUUGCUCGUUACAGCAAUCUCCCUCGCCGGUUGCCCUUCCUGAUCAACUCCGUCUUCAACUCAGCUGUGGUGCUAGGCGCAGCAUUCUUUGCAGACUACGACAACCUACUCCCGCUGGAGGAGGGAAUGGAAAAGGCCGAGCGAUUUCUUGGCUUGUUCGUGCCGCAUGAUCCUCAUGCAUGUCGCUUCUACCAGAUCAUCAAGUAUCUCCGCGCGGCGGUGGCCGAGUAUGUCCGUCGACGAAAUCGUCAGUGGAUGGAGCGCCGUAGUCGUCAGGUGGACCAGCUUUUCGGUCAGGUCGGCACUUCGGAUGAGCCCUCGGCCGCAGCAGAUGCCAAUACUCCGUCAAGCCGACGCGGCGAUCCAGCAGCCGUCUUGUCCCCGCUCUCUCCUGAGAAAGUGGCCGGGGGACCAACACUACCUCAUCCCUCCAGCAUGACUACUGCCACCACCGCGGCUCCAGGCCAAGUGGACAACGACAUUUGGGAGACCCUGUAUGGCACCCAGGGUGCACCUCCUCUUGCAUACGAUACGGCCGUCUCGACGCUCACCACGACGGGAAUCCCCAUCGGCUGUUCCCCCGGCGGGACCAUCCCGUCUGGCGCUUUACCUUCUGAGGUCCCGGGUGGCCAUACGCCGCUGUCUGAUGUGAUUAUGCCGGACAAUGGCCUUCUGUAUAUGGCUGAGGAUCUUCCCGUGUUUGGUCUCUGGGAAGACGCUUAGAUUUGGGGACGUUAUCUCUCUCGGUGUACACCUUAAUGAAUGUACACGUUCGCUAGCACUUUUACUACCUGUCUAUUGGGACAGGUUAUUUACGACAUCUUCAUGAACAUAGCACGCCCGACUCCCAUCUUCUGGCGUUUUUGGAUCUCGAACCUGGCGUUCAGAUGGUUAGCUUGGGGUCGAUUCCAUGUAUAUCCUCUUUAUUUUUACUUCUGUCUGUACAUACCUACCUUCAUGCAGAUAGCGAGUCCAUGCAUUUACAUAGU